AUGGUCGGCUCUAUGCUCACCGGUUUGGAUCACGGUGUCAAACUUGUUACCCUGCCGCGUUUCGAAAGCGAAUCGUUUCUCAAUUGCUUGUACCAACAUCACCCAACCAUGCUGCAGCUGGUUCCUCCAUUAGUUUCGUUCCUUGGACAUCGCCCUGACCUGAAAUUAGACGCUUUUCAUAGAUUGCACACAAUCUUUUGUGCAGCCGCUCCAUUGGGCCCCUCUGCGGCCAAUAAGCUUAUGGAUCGAUUGGGAAGACGGGAUAUUCUAAUGCAAGAAGGUUACGGAAUGACAGAGUCUUCUCCCAUUACUCAUAUGAGUCCAAUCAUCAACAACGAAAUCGGUUCAUUCGGAGAGCCAGUAUCCCGUAUCCGAGUGAAAACUAUGGAUCUCAAUACUGGCGAAUCGCUUAGACCAGGACAAGAAGGAGAGAUGUGCGUUUUUGGUCCUCAAGUCAUGAAAGGUUAUUACACAAACGAGAAGGCCACCGAAGAAACCAUCGACAGCGCGGGAUGGCUCCACACGGGAGAUAUUGCUUAUUACAAUGAACAAGACCAGUUCUUUAUCGUCGAUCGUCUCAAAGAGCUCAUCAAGGUUAAGGGACUGCAGUCUCCCCUAUCCCCGUCUGAACUGGAAGAUGUUUUACGGCGCCACCCUGCUGUUUUGGACGUAGCUGUCAUCGGUAUUCCCGAUGAUAUGUCUGGUGAACUUCCCCGCGCUUAUGUCGUCAAGAAAAAUGGCGUCUCUGUCUCCAAGGAAGACAUUGCCGAGUUUGUCGACGCAAAAGUAGCUCCUCAUAAAAGACUCAAGGGUGGAGUCAUGUUCAUCGACGCAAUCCCCAAAACGAAUACAGGUAAAUUGCUGCGCCGCGAAUUGAAAAGCAUGCUAUUGUCUCAGAUCUCAUGA